ACCUUCGCUCAGAAAAUGACAUGCACCAGCGGGGGAACGAGCAGCGCCUAUUUGAUGGACCCCCUCGCCGGCGCCUGCAGAGGAGACGGCUUCUCCUCCAGCCAGGAGAUGUACGUGCAACCCGGCGGCGACUUCAACUGCGGGGUCAUGAGGCAUUGUAGUAACCUCCCGUCUCUGUCCAAGAGGGACGAGGGCCACAGCCCCAGCCUGCCGCUCAACCCCUACCCGUCCUACCUCUCGCAGCUGGACUCCUGGGGGGAUCCCAAGAGCACCUACCGCCUGGAGCAACCUGUUGGCGGCCCUCUCUCCUCCUGCUCCUUCCCGACCAGUGUCAAGGAGGAGAAUGUGUGUUGCAUGUACGGCGGCGAGAAGCGGGGCAAGGGGGGCCCCGAACCCGCCCUUUACCCCAGCCCCCUGGCUGAGCCCUCCCUUGGGGAGCACGAGGUGCCGGUCCCCAGUUACUAUCGGACCGGCCAGAGCUACUCCGCUCUGGACAAGGCUCCGACCUGCCACCCGGCCCCUGGCGACUUCGAAUCCAGGGCGAGUUUCGAAGCCAGGGCGAACCCGGCCGCCCGGCCCGAGCACCUGGAGUCGCCGCCCCGGCUGGGGAGCAAGGCGGCCUAUGCGGAGACCCCCAGAGCAGCCAGCCAGACCCCUAGCCCGAACGAAAUCAAAACGGAAAAGACCCCGGCCGCCCCCAAAAUCAGCCCCUCGGAGAGCGAGAGGGAGCAGAGCAAAGCGACCGACACGAGCACGGAUAAUUCGGACACGGAAGGGAAAGAGGACAUAAAGGCAGAAAAUACUACAGGGAACUGGCUGACAGCGAAGAGCGGAAGAAAGAAAAGAUGUCCUUACACCAAGCACCAGACACUGGAACUGGAGAAGGAAUUUCUGUUCAAUAUGUAUCUGACGCGAGAGCGCCGCCUGGAGAUUAGCAAGAGUAUUAACCUGACGGACAGACAAGUCAAAAUCUGGUUUCAGAACCGAAGGAUGAAACUGAAGAAAAUGAACCGGGAGAACCGGAUUCGCGAACUGACCUCCAAUUUCAGUUUCACCUGAGCGCCCCGGCC